CUCUGUGUAUGGAAAAUGCUUUGCGUUCAGAAAUCAGAAACUAUUUUGGCAACCAUUAACCUCCAAAGUAAUCAUUCAAAGUUUUAAAUGCCUUCUUUGCGUAAUUUGACGUAACAUAGAGAGUUCACCUGCCGCCGGUCUCCUGACGUUAGAAGCAAUAUAGCCUUGAAAUACAAGGGACGUUUAAAUUCUAUAAAGAUAUCGGUACCGGCAUGGGCUUUGCGGAUCUCCUGGAUGAAGUCGGCGGGUUCGGCCGCUUCCAGAUGAUUCACGUCACUCUUCUGUCCAUCCCGGGCCUUCUAAUGGCGAGCCAGAAUUUGCUCAAUAACUUCACCGCCGGUGUACCGGAGCAUCACUGUCGCGUCCCGAACAUCACGGCGGCGCUGAACGAGAGCGCGGCGGCUCUCCUGCGCGCGUUCAUCCCGCUGGACGCGUCCCUCGCGCUGUCCAAAUGCACCCGGUACACCGACGCGCAGUGGCACUUAAUCACCGACAAACCGAGUCACACGAACGCGACUGAGCUCCAGACGGAGGCUUGCGCCGAGGGCUGGACAUACGACAAGACCGAGUUCAUCUCAUCUAUAGUGUCAGAAUGGGAUCUGGUUUGCACCCUCCGUCCACUCAAACAGAUGAGCCAGACCAUUUACAUGGGAGGAGUGCUGACCGGUGCCAUUAUAUUUGGAGGGCUAUCCGACAGGUUUGGGCGCAAGGCCAUGCUGAUAUGGUCGUAUUUCCAGCUCGCUCUCUUGGGCACCUUCACGGCUCUCUCUCCGUCUUACGUGGUGUACUGCAUCUUGAGAUUUCUGACAGGAAUGUCCGUGUCUGGAGUCAUUCUCAAUGCCGUCUCGCUCAAGGUGGAGUGGAUUCCUACUAAGGCUCGGACUCUGGUGGGCACCAUAUCGUCCUUCUUCUUCACAUUUGGUCAGAUGAUUCUAGCCGGUGUGGCAUACAGUCUGAAGGACUGGCGCAAAAUACACGUGGCCGUCUGUCUUCCUUUCUUUAUAUUCUUCUUCUACAGCUGGUGGUACUCUGAGUCCGCUCGCUGGCUGGUGCUGAACGGCCGCUCUGAAGAAGCUCUGAAGCAUCUCCACCGUGUGGCCAAAGUCAACGGGAAGCCAGAGAUGACCGAGAAGAUCACUUUAGAGGUGCUGGAGUCGCACAUGCAGAAGGAGGUUCAGUCCAGCAAGAGCGUUUAUACCGUGUUUGAUCUCCUAAAAACACCAACCAUGAGGAAGAUAUCCAUGUGCCUCAUGGUCGUCUGGUUUUCGACGAGUUUUGCAUAUUACGGUCUGGCCAUGGACCUGCAGAAGUUCGGGGUGAACAUCUAUCUGAUGCAGAUCAUCUUUGGGGCAGUAGAUUUUCCCGCUAAACUGGUCGCUCUUCUGAUGCUGAGCUUUCUGGGCCGACGCACAACUCAAGGCACAUGUCUCCUCAUGUCAGCGUCUGUAAUAUUUGCCAACAUUUUUGUUCCUAAAGAUAUGCAGAUCACAAGAACGGCACUUGCUGUUCUCGGAAAGGGCUUCACAUCAGCAUCUUUUACUUGUAUCUACCUGUUUACUGGAGAGCUUUACCCUACGGUCAUCAGACAGACCGGCAUGGGCUUUGUCUCGACGAUGGCCAGAAUCGGAUCCAUGGCCGCUCCUGCAGUCCUGAUCCUGGACGAGAUCCUGCCGGCUCUGCCUAGCAUCGUGUACGGAGGAUCCGCCGUUCUGGCUGGAUUCAUAGCCUUUUUUCUCCCAGAAACCCUCGACGUUCCUCUGCCCGAUACCAUCGAGGACGUCGAGGAGAACGGGGAAAAGAAAAGUCAAAGUCUUAAAGAGCAGACGCGGAACGAGUCACUGGCCUUACAGGACAUCAAACAGAGCGGAGGAACGUGUGACGAGAACAAACCCUCUGUGCUUCAUCCCGUGUCAGACACUCAAUAAUUUACAAUUAAAGUAAAUAUCACAACAUUAUUGGCUGUUAUUGAUUGCUGUCUCAAUCUAGGCCAACAGAUUUUUGUUUUGUUUUUCAUGGGAACAGAUUUGGAGAAAUGCAGCAUCGCAUGACUGUCUUAUCAAUGAAUGCUCUGCAGUGAAUGGGUGCCGUCAGAAUGAGACUCCAAACAGAUGAUAAAACCGUCACAAUAAUCCACAGUCCAUCAGCUAACAUCUGGAGAAGACAAAAGCUGCAUGUUUGUAAGAACCAAACCCAUCGUGUGGACAUUUUUAUCAGCUGUCUGGACUCUUAUUCUGACGGCACCCAUUCACUGCAGAGCAUCCAUUGCUGAGACACUUUCGCAUAUAGAGCGAGAAACAGACUAAAUCACUUUUCUAGGCAUGAAAAUGUUGACUGAUUUUGUUCAAAUGUUUAAAAGUAGAAGUUCUUUGGUAAUAUAAAGUAUAUUACGGUAUUACUCUCUUUUUGAUUAUUUAGAUUGCCUGUAAUGAAGGUUCCAGAGUAUGUACAACUUUAAUGUAUUUUGUAAUUUUAUAUUUGAUUUUAUUGUCUUUUUUUUAUUUUUAUUUUGCAUCCACACAUUAACAAUAAAGUUCAUUAGCUAAUGCAUUAAAAUGUUAUUAUUUAAAUAGAUUGCUGUUCAUGAUACCCAGUGCAUUAGGUAAAAAGUUAAUAAUAAACUGUAUUGUAUGGUUCAUACUUUAAAUUCAGAGUCUUAAAUCGCUUCAGAACUUAUCAUCAAUGUAUAAGUAAGUUGUUUUUUUAAUGUAAGGUUGAAAACAAUUUAUUUUAGCCACAUUUAAAUAUGUUUACUUAAAUGUAGCUUUAACAAAUUGAUUGAAACAUUAGCAUUUGGUGAGUUCUGUUCAUUUACUGUAAACUGAGAUGCUUAAAACACUUUAUUUUGAGCUGUCUUCACUUUAAAUAGUAGAAAAUGAAGAUUUUACACAUCAGUCUUUCUACGGCUAUGGCCACGCUCAUCUGAAGACACUGAAAACACUACUUUCUCUGUUUACCAGACCCAUA